AUCGUUUAUUAUCACCUAUUCGUGACAAUAUUCGUCAAAUGACAGAUAAUGGAUUAACAGCUGUACAAAUUAAAAAGGUAAUGAAAGUAUUACAUCCAGAUCUUUUCAUUGAUUCAAAAAUCAAAAGCGCUGUUGAAUAUAAACAACAACAAAAUCGUUGUCGUAUAAAAUUCAUUGAAGAAUUAUAUUCGUGGUGUUCUCAACGCAAUACAUAUCCAUCAGUUGAUAAAACACAUGACGUUUUCGUACCAUAUUUUGAAGCUGUGGAUGUAAAUAAUACAUUUAUUUGUUUAACUACACGUCAAUUACUUUCAACAUGUAAAUAUUCCUCUGUAUUAUAUAUUGGUUGUACAUAUAAAGUCACAGCUAACGAGUUACCAUUAUUAGUCUUUGGUACAUCAGAUUUCAAUCGUCGAUUUUAUCCUAUGGGUGUAUGUUUAAUAUCUUCAGAUGAAUCAUCUGAAACAUUCAAAACUUUUUUUCGUGGUAUUCAAGUUUGGGCAUCGACUAUCAAUAAUCAAGCAUAUACCGUAUCACAUGUUAUGGGGGAUGGUGCAGCAGGUAUUACGGGUGCCAUGUGUGAAUUACCAUUAGCGCGUCGUUUAAUGUGCUGGGCACAUGUCAUCCGUAAAGUUCGUGGACAUGGAACGUUAAUUAAAAAUAAAGACAAAUUUUUAUUAGUUGAACAAGAUAUUAUGCAAUUACAACUAUCAUUUAGCGAUCAAAUAUUUGUCACAGCAGCCAAUCUCAUGAUUAAUAAAUGGAAAUUAGAUAAAGAAUUAGAAAAAUUCACGGACUAUUUUGAACAACAAUGGUUGACAGUAUUAAGUUUUUGGUAUGAAGGUGCCUGUAUUUUAACGCCAUCAACAAAUAAUGGUUUAGAAAGUUUAAAUGGUCGAAUAAAACAACAUUAUACAAUGCGGCACAAAUUACCACUAUCUGCAUUUUUACAAACGGCUGAACGAAUGGUCAAAGAUUGGUCUAUUCAAAAUGAACAAACACCAUUUGGAACUCAUAUUACGUACAAAGAUGAUCUUGAUUUAGAAGCAGUCGAAUGGGUGAAAAAAGUUGAUAAGACACAAAUAUUACAAUUGACCACAUUUAACUUUGUGGUACCAUCAAAAGAUCAAAAAAUAAACACAUCAACAUGGGUUAAUCUAUUACAUUCAAUGGCAUGGGAUUCAUAUGAUCAUUUUAAAGAUUGGCUUCAUUCAGCACGUUUAUUAGAUUUUUCUCGUUUUUUACCACCAAUAUUUUGUACGUGUCGAUAUGGUCUCAAAGAAUUUGCCUGUGUUCAUGCAGUUGGUAUGAUGAUGUUAUGGGGUACUCGACAAAUGCCGCAAGAAAUUGGAAAACGUCGAGGAAAAGGUCGUCCGAAAAAAGUAAAAUAUGCAUUAUCAAAAGACUGA